AGUGUUACGACAUACAUUCUUCCUCUUAUGCAAGCUCUUGGUUAAGGUAGUACAGUUUGCUAGUGUUUCACCAUAAUUAACUUCCUGGAAAUGAGGUUUUGUUUCAAAACACAGGAAUUCCCCAAAGCAAUUUAAUCACUUCUAACAUUUUCAGUACACAAGGAAAGUCUGUGAUUUUUCUCACUUGUAGUAACAGAUUCGGUAAGGAUGGUUCGUUUUCAGCUUUCCAUUUGUACCAUAGUUUUGAUUGGAGUUGUCUUCAAGGCUUCUGCCUGGGAAAAGUACACUGCUGCAGUCUACGAGCAUGCUGUUAUACUGACAGGAGCAACUCCAAAACAUGUAACACGAGAGGAGGCUGUGCGGCAGAUGAACAAAAAUCUGGAUGUUUUAGAAGAGGCCACCAAAACUGCUGCUGCACUGGAUUCCCAUAUUAUUGUGUUUCCUGAGGAUGGCAUCUAUGGCUGGGUUUUCAAGAGAGAAACGCUAUAUCCUUAUCUUGAAGAUAUACCAGAUCCUCAAGUAAACUGGAUUCCAUGCAUUGACUCCCAAAGAUUUGGAUCAACUGAAGUGCAAGAACGACUCAGCUGCAUGGCAAGAAACUACUCUAUCUAUGUGGUUGCUAAUAUGGGGGACAAGAAGUUUUGUAAUUGGACUGAUCCAAAGUGCCCCAAGGAUGGUCACUAUCAAUACAAUACAGAUGUUGUCUAUGAUCCAGAAGGCAAAUUUUUGGCACGCUACCACAAGUACAACCUUUUUGAGCCGGAAAUGGCCUACUUCGAUUAUGCCAAGGAGCCACAGUUUGUCAAUUUCAACACCUCUUUUGGAAGAUUUGGCAUUAUCACUUGUGCUGAUAUACUUAAUUUCCGUGAACCUGCCAUAUCACUUGUUGAAAUAUUCAAGGUGGAUACAGUGCUCUUCCCAACUGCUUGGACGAAUGAUCUCCCACUAUUGUCUGCUGUUCAGUUCCACUCAGCUUGGGCUAUGGGAAUGCGUGUCAAUCUUCUUUCAGCAAAUAUACACAAACCAUCCUUGGAUCUUACUGGAAGUGGUAUCUUUACACCUAAUGGAGCCAAGAUAUAUCACUUUGAUAUGGAAACUCAGAAAGGUCGUCUCCUCAUUGCAGAAGUUGAUGCCCGCCCUCGUCAGUCUCCGACAUAUCCUCCCUCUGUUAACUGGAGCUUGUAUGCUUCAAAUCCUGAGCACUUCUUUCCACAGGCUGAAGUAUUCACUGGAACCAUUUAUUUCGAUAAUUUCACCUUCACUGAACUUUCUCAAGAAGCAGGAAAUCAUACAGUUUGCCAGAAAGGCCUCUGUUGCCAUUUGAGCUACAAGAUGACAGGAAAAUGCAAUGAUGAAGUUUACGCAUUUGGGGCUUUUGAUGGGCUUCAUGUGAUUGAAGGAGAAUAUUAUUUGCAGAUAUGUACACUCGUGAAGUGUAACACCACAAAAUUGAAAUCAUGCGGGCAGAAAGUGGAUACUGCUCGUACCAAGUUUGACUAUUUUUCUCUCAGUGGCACAUUUAAUACUAGUUAUGUGUUUCCAGAAGUCUUGCUGACAGGAACUCAGCUGGCCCCAGGAGAAUUUGAGGUAUUGACUGAUGGACGUCUGAUAAGCAGUCACCCCCUCUCAAAGCCGGUCUUAUCUGUAGCUCUUUUUGGGAGGUGGUUUGAAAAGGACCCUCCACAUCCACAGAAUGCCUCCCCAUGAAACAAUUCUGCAUUACUUUACCCUCCUUUUACACUAUCAGUAUUUUGUAACAUUCAUCCAGUUAUUCAUAUUAUAUCUCCAGUUUCUGACUUCUGAAAGGGCUGUAUGCCAGAAGUAAAAAAUAGUGUCUUUAUUCCAUUGUCAGACAAACUAGACUUGUAGAAGUCAAGAUGCACCUUUAAGACCACCAAAGUUUUAUUCGGAACAUAAGCUUUCAUGUGCUAGAAGCACAGUUCAUCAGAAAAUAGACUGGAAUGGCAAACAGUCCUUAAUAAAGAGAGAGUGGGCAGUGAAUUAGUAUACAAAAUCAUGGAAAUGUUUGUUAGCAGAUUAAGAGAAGCGCUAUUUGGGUUCUGGUGAUUGUUAGUUUAUGUUAACUGGGCUGCAUCAACAAGAGGGCAAUAAAAGUCAGAACAGCAGAUUGAUGAAUAUGUGAAGUGCCAUAAAUAAGAAUCUUGUGAUCAGGGCCAUCGCAUGGGAGUAGGCCAAGUAGACAGUUGCCUAGGGGUGCCACCUGGCCUAGGGGCGCCAAGAGGUGCCCCCUUUCCCUCUGUGGCUGGUGCUGCUAACUUCCCGACCUUGCAGAGGUUUAGAAAGCCUCUGCAAGGUCGGGAAGACAGCGGGCACACUUACUUCCAUGUGCUUACUUCCAUGCCUUCCCCCCCCCACCUUGCCAAAGUUUGGAAAGCCUUGGUGAGGUGGAAGACAGCGGGCGCACUCAGAGCUACCAGCUCUGGGUGCGCUCGCUGCCAUGCUCCCCCGCCUCGGCAAAAUUGGGGAAGGCGGUGUGGCCAAGACUUUCCAAGCUUCAGCGAGGUUGGGUGGCAUAGCAGUGAGCGCGCUCAGAGCCAGCGGUUCUGAGUGCGCCCACUGUCUCCCUGACCUUGUGGAAGCUUUCCAUGCCUCGGGGAGGUCAGGGAGGUGCUUGGCCCUCUCCUGCUUCAAGCGGGAGAGGGCCGAGAACAGGGGUGGGGGUCAGGUUUCGGCCUGGGGCGCUGGAUUCCCCAGCGCCAGGCCUGGUUGUGAUGUUAGCUCUGGGUUUAAAAUGAGGGCAUUAGUUUCUCAAGAGGUUUAAUUUAAGCAUGUAACAUACAUAUAAACAUAAUUCUAGUUAGCCAUUAGGGAAAAAAAGAAUACACUAAAAUAUAGUGGGAGAUGGGUUAGUAAAUCUGAUGAGAUAAACAGCCAAUAUCCCUUAUUUGAGUAUGUCAAUACAAAAAAAAACAUUCUGAUACACUGUUCUAAAAGAGAAAUACAUUGGAAUACUGUGGAUAUAUAGCUAUACUCAGUGAGAGUGGGUUUAGCAUUCAUUACCUAAACUAAUGGGUAGCUGUGUUGUUCUGAAGCAAUAGAACAAAGUUUGAAUUCAGUGGCACCUCUAAGACCAACAAAGUUUAAUUCUGGGGAUAAGCUUUCAGGUGCACACAAACCUCACAUUCUUUAACUAUUGUUGUAGGCCACCUUGAACCACAAGGAGAGCUGGAAUAUAAAAGAAUUAAUAAAUAAGAUACACAAUGAAGAAAAA